AUGGGGUGGGGUGAGCAGAUCAGGUCGGUCACGGGGCGAGGUGAAGAGAUCAGUGAAGUCAGCAGUGCUCGACUAGCCCUCUGGCUGGCACACUCCAUCAGUGAAGCCAGCAGUGCUCCACUUGCCCUCUGGCUGGCACACUCCAUCAGUGAAGUCAGCAGUGCUCGACUAGCCCUCUGGCUGGCACACUCCAUCAGUGAAGCUAGCAGUUCUCCACUUGCCCUCUGGCUGGCACACUCCAUCAGUGAAGUCAGCAGUGCUCCACUAGCCCUCUGGCUGGCACACUCCAUCAGUGAAGUCAGCAGUGCUCCACUAGCCCUCUGGCUGGCACACUCCAUCAGUGAAGUCAGCAGUGCUCCACUAGCCCUCUGGCUGGCACACUCCAUCAGUGAAGCUAGCAGUUCUCCACUUGCCCUCUGGCUGGCACACUCCAUCAGUGAAGUCAGCAGUGCUCGACUAGCCCUCUGGCUGGCACACUCCAUCAGUGAAGUCAGCAGUGCUCCACUUGCCCUCUGGCUGGCACACUCCAUCAGUGAAGCCAGCAGUGCUUCACUAGCACUCUGGCUGGCACACUCCAUCAGUGAAGCCAGCAGUGCUUCACUAGCCCUCUAG